AUGAUCCAGUCCCGACAGGAGGGAGCCAUGCCGAUCGUUCAAAGUAGCGUCCAUAGUGUCAACCGGGUUCUCGUGAACGUCUUGGACAAACCGUUCGUAGCCCGUGUACUUUCGCCGUUCCAGCCCAUCGCCAACACCCUGACCACACGCUACCUGGACUACGCCGUCCCCGGCGACUCUCCGCAUUCCGCGUCUCCCGUCGCCUACACCAUCAUUGACGCCGACGGCAACACUCGGUGGAGUGGCGAUACGGCCGAACUCGUCGAAAACCCCGAGCACCGGCAUCGCAACGCCCACUGA